CACGCGCGUGGUUCCCCCGGUCGCGAGGAGGAGGAGGAGGAUGUGGCGCGCGGAGGGGAAAUGGCUGCCGAAAACAAGCCGGAAGGACUGAAGAGAAUACGUAAUCCGGAUCGAAUGUACAGAUCGGCCGUCAGUUAUGCGGGCCACGCUGCUGCUAAGGGUGUCAGCGAUGACACGGAAGCCAACAAUGAACACGGACAUUUGAAAAUCUACCUGCCCAAAAAGCUGCUUGAAUGUCUACCCAAAUGUUCCUCCCUCCCCAAGGAGCGGCACCGGUGGAACACCAACGAGGAAAUCGCGGCGUACUUGAUAACGUUCGAAAAGCACGAGGAAUGGCUAACGACAUCGCCUAAAACACGGCCUCAGAAUGGCUCUAUGAUCCUGUAUAACAGGAAGAAGGUGAAGUACAGAAAGGAUGGGUACUGCUGGAAGAAGAGGAAAGAUGGGAAGACCACGCGGGAGGAUCACAUGAAGCUCAAAGUGCAGGGCGUGGAGUGUCUGUACGGCUGCUACGUCCACUCCUCCAUCAUACCCACCUUCCACCGCCGCUGCUACUGGCUGCUCCAGAACCCAGACAUUGUGCUGGUCCACUACCUGAACGUGCCGGCCAUAGAGGAUUGUGGGAAGCCAUGCGGGCCCAUCCUGUGCUCCAUCAACACCGACAAGAAGGAGUGGGCCAAGUGGACCAAGGAGGAGCUGAUUGGCCAGCUGAAGCCCAUGUUUCAUGGCAUCAAGUGGACUUGCAGCAAUGGGAGCAGCAGCUCUGGCUUCUCUGUGGAGCAGCUGGUGCAGCAGAUUCUGGAGAGCCACCAGACCAAGCCACCUCCCCGGACCCACAACUGCCUCUGCACGGGCACCCUGGGCGCAGGGAGCAGUUUGCAUCACAAAUGCAACAGUGCCAAACACCGCAUCAUCUCCCCGAAACUGGAGCCCCGCUCGGGGGGGUACGGCAGCGGGCACUCGGAGGUGCAGAACAGCGACGUGUCGGAGGGCAAGACCGAGCACAGCCACGGGGGCGGGGGCAAGAGCGGGCGGGGCGGGGCGGACGGCGGGGGAGGGGCGCGGGAGAAGCGUAACGGGAAGGUGCACAAACCGGCCCUGCUGCACCAGAGCAGCACCGAAGUGUCCUCCACCAAUCAGGUGGAGGUGCCCGACACCACGCAGAACUCGCCCGUGUCCAUCAGCAGCGGGCUGAACAGCGACCCCGACAUGGCCGACAGCCCGGCCGUCACGGGCAUGGGCCACGUGGCCUCGGUGAUGGGAGGCCUUCCGCAGAGCGCCGCCGUCUUCAUGUCCGAGGUGACGGGAGACCCCGUCUACAGCAUGUCCCCGACGGGGGGCCCCAACGCCCACCUGCUGGGCUCCGACCCCACCUCCCAGAGCCUGGUCCUGGCCGUGGCCUCCGACGGGCACAAGUUCGCCUUCCCCGGGGCGGGCGGCGGGGGCUCGGGCGGGGCGGGGCCUGCAGAGGGGCUGGCCAUGCUGUCCUCGGGCGUGUCGGAGGAGCUGGUGCUGUCCAGCAGCCUGGACGCCGGGGGCAUCAAGCUGCCCGAAACAUCCGUCAACUUCGACCCCGACUGCUUCCUCAACAACCCCAAGCAGGGCCAGACGUACGGGGGCGGCGGGCUGAAGGGGGACGGGGGGUCCCCCGGGGCCUCGUCCUCCUCCGCCAUCGCCAACGGGCUGCAGCGCUCUCCCCCCGGGGCCGACGCCGGCUACAGCUUCAACGCCGCCCUGGUGAAGAACAUCAAGACGGAGGACACGUCCUUCGAGCAGCAGCUGGCCCAUGAGAGCGGCUUCCAGGGGGGCGAGGUGGGCGGCGGCGGGAUGCCAGGCUCCGCGGGCGUGGGCCAAGGCACCCUCAGCCUGACGCCCACGGGCUCUCUGCUGCCCUCCGGUGGCGGGCUGAGCCCCAGCACCACCCUGGAGCAGAUGGACUUCAGCGCCAUCGACGCCAAGCAGGACUACUCCGCCGGGGGCGUUUCGGGCGGGUACGGGCAGCCACUCCCCAGCCCCCACCUGGCCCACCCCAGCCGCUCCCCCAGCUUCUUCCUCCAGGAGGCUCCACAGCCCCCCCAGCAGGGCAGCCAGGGGGCCCCCCAGAAGAGCCACCUGCUGGAGCAGAACUCCCACGACUCCGGGGCCUACCUGGGGCUGCAGGUGGUGAAGACGGACUCCCCCGACAGCAACGGACACAUGCACCUCCACCACCACCACCACCACGCCCACCAGGGCACCCCCAACUGCAACGGGGGCUCCCCCACGGAGAGGCCCGGCCAGGCCGGGGGCUCCCUGCAGCUGCUGCAGUAUCAGGGCAGCUUCCCCGGCCUGGGCUCCGAGCACGAGGAGGUGGUGAGCAUCGAGCAGGCGUCCAGCGUUGGGAACGGCCAGGGAGGGGGCACCGACAGCCGGGCGGACGGGAUACUCAAGACCGGGGAUCACCUCCAGGCCUGCAGCGGUGGGAACGGGGGCGAGGGAGCGGCCGCGGAGCACUACCUGCAGCAGGCAGCCGAAAACGGAGGAACAGGAGGGGGUGGAGGAGGAACGGGAGGAGGCGCUAACGGAGGGACGCUACGCAACGGGAGCACCACCAACGGCUCGGCAGGCAGCCCCCACCAGCAGCUGCAGCCCCUCCUACAGGGGGCGGGGCUUGUGCAGGGCCUCUACAACACGGUUGGUGCCCACCAGGCGCUGGGCGGAGCCGGAGGGGGCGCGGGGGCGGGCAUGGAGAUCAGCCUGGACCACUUCGACAUAUCCUUCGGCAACCAGUUCUCCGACCUCAUCAACGACUUCAUCUCUGUGGACGGGGCGGGGGCGGCCGUGGGGCCCGGGGGGGCCCUGUACGCCCACCAGCUGAUGGCCCAGCCGGGGUCGGAGGGCCAGGCCUCGUCUGGGGGGGCGUCCCAGCAGGGUGCGGAGGACGCGGGCGGAGGGGGCCGGGGUGGGGGGGUGGGGUACAGCCCCACCGAACUCUGCCUCCAGCCCUGCUGCAGCCCCCAGUCCCUGGCAGGAGGGGGUGGGGCCGGGGCGGGGCCGGGAGAGGCCGGCUCGCUGGCCUACAUGCACGUGGCGGAGGUGGUGUCGGCCGCCGUGGCCCACGGCACUCUGGGAAUGCUGCAGGCCACCGGGAGGCUCUUCAUGGUGACGGACUACUCCCCCGAAUGGUCCUACCCCGAGGGUGGGGUGAAGGUGCUUAUCACAGGGCCAUGGCAGGAGGCCAGCAGUAACUACAGCUGCCUGUUUGACCAGAUCACCGUCCCCGCCUCCCUAAUCCAGCCAGGGGUGCUGCGCUGCUACUGCCCAGGUAAGUUCACAGCCCACGACACCGGGCUGGUGACCCUGCAGGUCGCCGUGAGCAACCAGAUCAUCUCCAACUCGGUGGUGUUUGAGUACAAGGCCCGCGCACUGCCCGCCCUGCCCUCCUCUCAGCAUGACUGGCUGUCCCUGGACGAUAACCAGUUUAGAAUGUCCAUCCUGGAGCGUCUGGAGCAGAUGGAACGCAGGAUGGCGGAGAUGGCGGGACACCACCAGCAGGGCAGCGGGGGCGGAGCCGGCGACACGGGAGGGGGAGGGGCUGGAGGAGGGGGUGGAGCUGGAGGAGGAGGGAAUGGAGGCAGCACCCAGGCACAGUUUGCGGCGGGGCAGGGUCAGGCAGGCAGCUCGUUUGAGAGCAGGGUGGUGGUGGUCUGUGAGAAGAUGAUGAACCGGGCCUGCUGGGCUAAGUCCAAGCACCUGAUCCACUCCAAGACCUUCCGCGGGAUGACCCUGCUGCACCUGGCCGCCGCGCAGGGCUACGCCACGCUCAUCCAGACCCUCAUCAAGUGGAGGACGAAGCACGCCGACAGCAUCGACCUGGAGCUGGAGGUGGACCCCCUCAAUGUGGACCACUUCUCCUGCACCCCCCUGAUGUGGGCGUGUGCUCUGGGUCACAUGGAGGCGGCGCUGGUCCUGUACAAGUGGGACCGGCGGGCGCUGGCCAUCCCGGACUCUCUGGGGCGCCUCCCCCUGGCCAUCGCGCGCUCGCGCGGCCACACCAAGCUGGCCGAGUGCCUGGAGCAGCUGCAGCGCGAGGAGCAGCACACCCCCGCCUCCCUGCCCCCCACGCCCCGCAUGUCCUUCUCCCCUGCCCCCGACGCGCCCCCCUCCGACGGCUGGAUGGUCACGUGGGGCAGCGAUGGGGGGGGCGCCGCCCCCGCAGCCACGCCCGGGGGGCAGAAGGAGGGCGCCGCGGGCACUACCACCGCCUCCUCCGCCACUAACGCCAACCCAGACCUGAGGAGACCCAGGUCAGAGCCCUCCAGCUACUACAGCAGCGAAUGCCAGCGGGACCUCCCGCUCGCCAAGAAACACAAGCCCAACCCCGAGGCCUUCCAAACCCGCCCCGACAAGGCCGUCUCCGUCCCCCUCAGCCUGGAGCAGCAGCAGCUCCGCCCCAAGAGCGCCCUGCUCCCCGAAAUCCACGGGCCCGACCGGGGCCUGGAGGAGGGAGGGGGUCCCGGGGGGGCGUCCCAGGCCAAGCUGGGGACCCUCCGAGGCUCCAUGGGAGGGGGCGGAUCCGGCUGGAGCUCCAGGGAGCUGUUUUCGGCCGGAGGUUCGGGCAGGAAGGGGGCGGGAGCGGGCGGGACGGGGAAGGAGAAGCUGGCCAAUCGGCUGCGUCCGCGGGAGACGCUGGGCGUGCUCAUGGUGUCCGAGCGCGAGAUGGCCGACACUGACCUGCUGGCCUACCGGGAGGACCUGGAGAACCAAGACUGCCUGACACACAUGGAUGACCUACAGGUGAACAUGAUGACGCUGGCGGAGCACAUCAUCGAGGCCACGCCCGAGCGCAUCAAGCGGGAGAACUUCGUAGCCACGGAGACGGCGCCCCUGGACAGCGCGGGGGUCAGCAACACCAUGAGCUGGCUGGCCAGUUACCUGGGAGACGUGGAGCACUUACCCAGCCUCAUUCACCUGCGGUCCCUGUACAGCGAGCCCCUGACACCCUCCUCCAACCCCAGCCUCAGCCCGGCCGGCUCCCCCCUCCACGAGGGCCCUGUGGACAGCAAGCCCGGCCUGCCCUCCCCGGCCGACUGGAGCGACUUCCUCAACGCCUCCAACAGCAAGGUGGAGCGGGACCUGGCCCAGCUCACGCUGUCCGACCCCGAGCAGAGGGAGCUGUACGAGGCCGCCCGGCUGGUGCAGACCGCCUUCCGCAAGUACAAGGGCCGCCCUGUACGGGAGCAACAGGAAGUAGCGGCGGCGGUCAUCCAGCGCUGCUACAGGAAGUACAAACAGCUGACAUGGAUAGCCUUGAAGUAUGCACUUUAUAAGAAGAUGACGCAGGCCGCCAUCCUGAUCCAGAGUAAAUUCCGCAGCUACCACGAGCAGAAGAAGUUCCAGCAGUCGCGCCGGGCGGCCGUGCUGAUCCAGCAGUACUACCGCAGCUACAAGGAGUGCGGCCGGCUGCGGCCCCACCGCCGUGCGGCCACCGCUGCCCUGGUGCAGCACAAACUCAGAAGCAGUCUGCUGACCAAGAAGCAGGAUCAAGCCGCCCGCAAGAUUAUGAGGUUCCUGCGUCGCUGUCGUCAUAGCCCUUUGAUGGACCAUAGACUGUUCAAGCGGAGUGAAAGAAUUGAAAAGGGCCAAGGAACAUGAGAGCUUGCAGAAGAGCCCCCUCACGAUGUGACAUCACUCUCCAGACUCUUUCUUUCUGUCUUUUUCUGUUUAUACCAGACAUUUUACAAGAGGAAAAAAAAACAAAAAAACUAUCCAAUUCGUGAUUGAAGGAACACACUGCGAUUAUUACUACGACAGUACUCCAACUGAUUCUACUCCUGCCAAUGCAACGGCUUUGUUAUUUUUCCUCCGUCCUCUUCGGGGGAGGAAACGCGGGAAGAUCUUCAGAAAUUAAACUACGGGGAAAUGGAAGGGGGGAGUAACAUUAUCUUCAUGGCAUUUUUUGCACUUUUCCAUGGAUUUUUUUUCUGUUUUUCGGGAGCAAGAA